CAUCGCUGAGUGUUCAGCUGUGGAGUUUCCUGUACCUAACAGUCCAGCUACGCCUUUUCCUCUUUCCAUGUCCAAAUCCCAGAUCUGUGGAAGACAGAGGUGCUGAGUGUGAGAAAGUUUGGAAGAGCAGAGGGAGCUUAUGUUGGAGGCCUUACCAAUAUUGUUUACUACAGUUUGAAAUUUGCCCUGUGAGCUAGCGAUCAAUGCCGGAAUCUGUCAAGAUGUGAUGUCCGACAUCUGACUAGUGAUCCCUGAAAUCUCUUCACUAGGAUACAACUGAGAUAUUAUGGGAAUCUGUUCCUACUAUUCAUGAGUUGGAUGGGAUGAAUGCUUCUGGAUUAAUAUGACCGUGGAUCUGUUAUAAACACUAAUCCCUGGCAAUAGGAAAUAAUGUGGAUUUGGUAGUGAUUGCUGGCCACGGGAUACACCCUGGGAGAGUUUCACCUCUGGACUGGAUUAAGGACAAUGCUGAAGCUGCUUCAUAUCCUGAGUCUCUUCCUUGGAUCUUUCCUUCCAACAGAAAUCGGGGCCGUUCUAGAUGUCACACUGGUGUCAGCUACCUCUGGGCACAGCAAGGUGAAUUUAUCGUUAUUAUGUGUCACCGGAGAGCGGGAGAUGAAGAGCUCGGACCUGCGCAUUGAGCGAGAUAACACCAUUGUACGCAUCCCUCUGGGAACAUCCUUUCAGACCAAAGCACUAAAGACUGGGCUGCAGGCCAGCGGAUUCUCACCCAACGAGCUGGUUGGUGUCUUCUAUUGCAUCGCGAAGGGGCCCUCAGAGCAAACCAAGAUACUCUAUACCUACAACAGCCCGUCCGCUGAUCUGGCCCCAGUUAGGGUCACAGUGACGGUCAGUGUGAACCAGGAUGCCCAAUUAGAAGCCAAAAUACAAGCCAAAGGGGAAAAGACUUUACAUCAGGACAUCAUGUGGAAGUACAAUGGAACCAUAUUCCAGACAACAUACAAGAAUGAGAUAGCUGACGGGAGAGCAGUACUGACGUUCCCAUCGGUGCAGCUCAACCAGGCGGGAGUGUACAGCGCCGCAUUCAUGGCGGCAAGUCCCCUGGCAAGCGCCUUCUUCAGGCUCAUCGUAAGAGGGUGUCCCAACAAUAAGUGGGGUCCAUCGUGCCAGAAGGACUGUCUCGACUGCCUAAACGGGGGAGUGUGCCACGACAGCAGCGGGGAGUGCAUCUGUGCCCCAGGGUUCAUGGGACCACGCUGUGAAAAGGCCUGCAGAGAAGGGAACUUUGGCAGAAACUGUCAGGAGUCAUGUAAGAAAGAACAGGGCUGUAAGGGGCUGACCUUUUGCCUCCCGGACCCCUAUGGAUGCUCCUGUGGCAGCGGCUGGACCGGCUCACAUUGCCAGACAGCCUGCCCCCCUGGCGACUAUGGGGCAAACUGUGCCCUGAAGUGUGAGUGUGAGAGUGGCGGUUCCUGUAACAGGUUCAGCGGCUGCGUGUGCCCCAACGGCUGGCAUGGACAGCACUGCGAGAAGUCUGAUCGACUUCCCCAAAUUAUUGAUCUUCGAUCUGAGGUUGAGUUUAAUUUGAAUUCCACAGCUGUACUCACUUGUGCUGCAUCCGGUAACCCCCAGCCUGUCCGGGAGAGUAUUGUGCUGCGCCGCCCCGACGGUUCCGUACUAGUUGCCAGCCAAGCGGUCCUGGAUUCAGAGCGUAGCACGUGCACAUUCACCGUGCCCUCCAUAACCCUGUCUGACAAUGGAAUUUGGCAAUGUCGCGUAUCUACCAGCGGGGGGCAGGAUAACCGAAAAUUUCAAGUGUAUGUAAGAGUGCCUCCGGAACCUCUGGAGCCGCCGCGAUUGUUGGACAGGCGCAGUAGGCAGCUGAUCCUGGCCCCACUUCACCGUUUCAAAGGAGACGGACCAAUUUCAUCCAUUAAGCUACUGUAUCGGCCCAAGGAAAGUAAAUCGGAUUGGUCUAACAUUAUAGUGGAUCACAAAGACAACAUCACGUUACCGAACCUGAAGCCCGUCACCACUUAUCUGGUACAAUUCCAGCUGAGCCGACAGGGGCCCGGGGGCGAAGGCCCAUUGGGGCCACUGGCUGUACUAGAAACUGACUGCGUAGAACCCACUUUGAAGCCAGAGAUCAAGGGCUACUCGCUAGAAGACCGAAACACGCUGUACAUAAACUGGCAGCUGCCCACCUACAAGGUCGUCGGCAGUGGUUACCUGGUGAGGGUUUACCACCCUUCCCACCGUCUUUUUCUGCAAGAGAACAUAACCUCCAUAGAUGUCCUGUCUGCACGGAUCUACGGCCUCAGCUCCAACACAGAGUAUAUCUUUAAAGUCCUUAUUUACCAUUGCACAAGUCUGGGGCCACCCUCCAAUCCCUAUUUUAUCAUACUCAACAGCAAAGGCCCAUCACCUCCGAAGGAUGUCCGUGCAGAACCUCGGUCUCGGGACAGCGUGAAGCUGGUCUGGUCUGCUCCCGAUGAUCAGAAUGGGGGGAUAAUUAAGUACACAGUUGAGAGCCGGAGGCUGGGAGUUCCUGGGGAGCAGCAAUGGGCGGAUACAGAGAGUAACAACCAGACCUGGCAUAUUAUCAGUGGUCUGAACUCCAGCACAGUCUAUCAGUUCCGUGUGCGUGCCAACUCCAGAGUGCCGGGAGAAUGGAGCCAUACGGUGACUACGGAAACAUACAGCGAGGAAUCUCAUCUCACCGUCAUCAGCAUGGAGAGCCAAAACCCAAAACCAUCCGAAUCCGGUCAGCAGCUCAUCCUGGCCAUUAUUGGUUCCGUCUCAGUCACGUGCUUCACCAUCAUCAUCGCCCUGCUCGCCCUCUUCUGCAUUAAAAAGAAUUUGUUCCAUCGCAGGAGGAUGUUCACGUACCAGUCUGGAUCUGGAGAAGAAACCAUCCUGCAGUUCAGUUCCGGGACGCUGACCCUCACUCGGCGCCCCAGGCCUCAGACGGACCCUUUCUCAUACCCCAUCCUGGACUGGGCGGAUAUUAAAUUUGAGGAUGUGAUCGGAGAAGGGAAUUUUGGUCAGGUCAUAAAGGCCAUGAUUAAAAAAGACGGAGUACGGAUGAGCGCGGCCAUCAAGAUGUUAAAAGAGUUUGCGUCUGAGAAUGACCACCGAGACUUCGCAGGGGAGCUGGAGGUCUUAUGCAAACUGGGUCACCACCCGAAUAUCAUCAAUCUGUUGGGAGCCUGUGAGAACAGAGGAUACCUGUAUAUCGCCAUUGAAUACGCCCCAUUUGGGAACCUGCUGGACUUCCUACGUAAGAGCAGAGUCCUGGAGACAGACCCCGCAUUCGCCAAGGAACAUGGGACGGCGUCUACACUUACCUCUCAGCAGCUGCUGCAGUUUGCCUCGGAUGUAGGAAAGGGGAUGCAGUACCUGAGUGAGAAGCAGUUUAUCCACAGGGAUCUCGCUGCCAGAAACGUUCUUGUUGGAGAGAAUUUAGCAGCCAAGAUCGCAGACUUUGGGCUUUCCAGGGGAGAGGAAGUUUACGUGAAGAAGACCAUGGGCCGCCUCCCAGUGCGCUGGAUGGCCAUCGAGUCUCUAAAUUACAGUGUCUAUACUACAAAGAGCGACGUGUGGUCCUUCGGGGUCUUACUCUGGGAGAUCGUCAGUUUAGGUGGAACACCAUAUUGCGGGAUGACAUGUGCGGAACUCUAUGAGAAAUUACCGCAGGGUUACAGAAUGGAGAAACCCCGCAACUGUGACGAUGAAGUGUAUGAACUGAUGCGGCAAUGCUGGAGAGAUCGACCCUACGAGAGGCCUCCAUUCACCCAGAUAUCCCUGCAGCUCAUACGCAUGUUAGAGGCCAGAAAGGCGUACGUGAACAUGGCGUUGUUUGAGAACUUUACCUAUGCCGGAAUUGACGCAACUGCCGAAGAAGCAUAAAUGGAGGAUGGAGGAAACUUUAAGUUCUCUGCACGUUGGUUACCAGAGAACAGGACUUUCUGUAUAUGACAUAAGGACUUACCGAGAGGAAGAUCUCUGAGACCAGCAAAGCCCAUUGCCGGAUCAUAGGCUGCUGUUGUGUCAGUCAUCUGAGGCUGUGCGCACAAACCACACAACUGUGUAAUGUGGAUCCGUAGAUGCUCACAGCCUGUAGCUUUCUUUAUGCCUGUGUGCGUCUAUUAAAAGUGUGUGUGUCUGGACGUAUGUGAUAAGAGUGAGACCCCCCCCUUCCCCUUUUGCACAGCUGAACACUGCCAGGCCUGGGACCAGUAUGCACCCUGCAAUGUGUCCACUCAUUUCCCCCUGUACAGUUCUAUGUUUGUUUCCAUUGUAACCCAAUAAACCACUGUUUGGACCUUG